AGUCUCUCUCCCUUUGUUCGCUGCAGCAUGUGGGUCAGCGUGAAGUCUUGCUAAUCCUUUCCAGUUGAUUAUGCACUGGAUGCAUUAUUUGACUCUUCAAUCAUCCGUCAGUCAACUACUGAAGUGAUAAAAUUUAAAGGACAAUAAACUGAACGGCUCUGAUGUGCCAUUGCAGAAGCUCUAUACAUUAUCCAGCUUCCACAAAGUCCCAACGAACACAGUUGACGCUACAUACUCCGACACAGCAGGUGGCGGUAGGCGCACCUUUAAAAGUCACGGUUGCAAGCUGCCAUAAAACAAGAAGAAGAAGAAGAAGCGGCGGGAGUUCCAGGCGGCGGGACGGAGCGAGAGGCUGCUGCCGUCUGACGGAGCGAGGGGAGCGGCUGCGAGAGGAGGAAGAGUCGGCCGGUAAAAUGAGUAAAGUCCAGGUGCUGAGAGCGUUGGUGAAGCAGCGACUGAGUGCGGCUGCUGAAGAGAUAUUCGGGCUGUUUGAAAGGACGAUAUCAGAGUACGAGCGGGAGGUUGACCGCCAGCGCGGGCUGCUGGAGGGUCACGUGAGGCCGGAAGUAAACAGAGACGAUGUCUACAAAUUCAUUGUCAGCAAAGAAGAGCUUCUCCCAGAACAGCAGGAGUGUAACCCCAGUCUGGACCAGGAGGACCCAGAGCCCCCACACUUUAAAGAGGAGUGGAGCCCCAGUCUGGACCAGGAGGACCCAGAGCCCCCACACUUUAAAGAGGAGUGGAGCCCCAGUCUGGACCAGGAGGACCCACUAGAGUUCCCACACAUUAAAGAGGAACAGGAGGAACUCUGGACCAGACAGCAGGGAGAGCAGCUUCCAGGACUGGAGGAGGCUGAUAUCACCAAGUUCCCAUUCCCUGUGAAGAGUGAAGAAGAUGAAGAGAAACCUCUGUCUUCACAGCUUCAUCAAAGCCAAACUGAACUGAUGGAACCCAAAGCUGAAGGAGAGGACCGUGGAGGACCAGAACCAGCUGGGAACUCUGAUCCAGAUAGACUUUUACAAUCUGAGACUGAAGACUCUUCUGAACCUGAGAGGAAAGUCAGUGAUUGUUGGAAGGAGACCAGAGGACCUCAGGCAGGUUUGAACUUUCUGAAAAAUAAUGAAGUACCAGCAAGUGAAAUGAGAUUUAAUAAAGGCGGGAAAUCAUUCCCGUGCGCUGAGUGUGGGAAAAGAUUUAGUCAAAACUCAAACCUCAAGACCCACAUGAGAGUCCACACAGGAGAGAAACCUUUCAGCUGCUCAGUUUGCGGUAAAAAAUUUACACAAAAGGUUAAUAUGACCCACCACAUGGCCCGUCACACAGGGCACAAACUAGUCAGCUGCAGCGUUUGUGAUGAAAGAUUUACUUGGCUUUCUCAGCUCAAAAACCAUAAGUGUGUCGGUCGUCGGUCUUCACAGCUUCAUCAAAGCCAAACUGAACAGAUGGAACCCAAAGCUGAAGGAGAGGAAUGUGGAGGACCAGAACAAGCUGGGAACUCAGAUCCAGAUAGACUUUUACAACCUGAGACUGAAGACUCUUCUGAACCUGAGAGGAAAGUCGGUGAUGGUUGGAAGGAGACCAGAGGACCUCAGGCAGGUUUGAACUUUAUGAAAAAAUCAUUCCGCUGUGCUGAGUGUGGGAAAAGAUUUAGCCAAAACUCAAACCUCAAGACCCACAUGAGAGUCCACACAGGAGAGAAACCUUUCAGCUGCUCAGUUUGCGGUAAAAGAUUUACACAAAAGGUUAAUCUGACCCACCACAUGGUACAUCACACAGGGCACAAACUAGUCAGCUGCAGCGUUUGUGAUGAAAGAUUUACUUGGCUUUCUCAGCUCAAAAACCAUAAGUGUGUCGGUCGCCGGUCCUCACAGCUUCAGAUGGAAGCCAAAGCUGAAGGAGAGGACUGUGGAGGACCAGAACCAGCCAGGAACUCUGAUCCAGAUAGACUUUUACAACCUGAGACUGAAGACUCUUCUGAACCUGAGAGGAAAGUCGGUGAUGGUUGGAAGGAGACCAGAGGACCUCAGGCAGGUUUGAACUUUCUGAAAAAUAAUGAAGUACCAGCAAGUGAAAUGAGAUUUAAUAAAGGCGGGAAAAAAUUCCGCUGCGCUGAGUGUGGGAAAAGAUUUAGCCAAAACUCAAAUCUGAAGACACACAUGAGAAUCCACACAGGAGAGAAACCUUUCAGCUGCUCAGUUUGCGGUAAAAGAUUUAUACAAAAAGUUCAUCUGACCCACCACAUGGUACAUCACACAGGGCACAAACUAGUCAGCUGCAGCGUUUGUGGUGAAAGAUUUACUUGGCUUUAUCAGCUCAGAAACCAUAAGUGUGUCGGUCACCGGUCCUCACAGCUUCAGAUGGAAGCCAAAGCUGAAGGAGAGGACUGUGGAGGACCAGAACCAGCCAGGAACUCUGAUCCAGAUAGACUUUUACAACCUGAGACUGAAGACUCUUCUGAACCUGAGAGGAAAGUCGGUGAUGGUUGGAAGGAGACCAGAGGACCUCAGGCAGGUUUGAACUUUCUGAAAAAUAAUGAAGUACCAGCAAGUGAAAUGAGAUUUAAUAAAGGCGGGAAAAAAUUCCGCUGCGCUGAGUGUGGGAAAAGAUUUAGCCAAAACUCAAAUCUGAAGACACACAUGAGAAUCCACACAGGAGAGAAACCUUUCAGCUGCUCAGUUUGCGGUAAAAGAUUUAUACAAAAAGUUCAUCUGACCCACCACAUGGUACAUCACACAGGGCACAAACUAGUCAGCUGCAGCGUUUGUGGUGAAAGAUUUACUUGGCUUUAUCAGCUCAGAAACCAUAAGUGUGUCGGUCACCGGUCCUCACAGCUUCAGAUGGAAGCCAAAGCUGAAGGAGAGGACUGUGGAGGACCAGAACCAGCCAGGAACUCUGAUCCAGAUAGACUUUUACAACCUGAGACUGAAGUCUCUCUAAGUGAUACCGACAAACCAUUCAGUUGCUCUGACUGUGGUAAAACUUUUGGCCGUAAGACACAUUUGCGGGAACACCUGAGAUGUCAUACAGGAGAAAAGCCUUUCAGCUGUUCAAUUUGCAAGAAAUGUUUUUCAUGGAGAAGACAUUUAAAGAGACACAUGAGAAUCCACACAGGAGAGAAAAGACUGAGCUGCAGUGUUUGUGACAAAAUGUUUAACUGGCCUUAUCAGCUCAGAAUCCAUCAGUGUGUUGCUGAGUCCUCGCAGCUUCAUCAAAGACAAACACGACCUCAGGCAGGUUCAAACUCUCCAACGACGAGUCUUGACGUGGGAAGCAGUACUAAGAAAACGUUUUCCUGCUCCUGGUGUGGGAAAAAAUUCGGCUACAAUGACUCUCUGCUGAGACACAUACGAUGCCACACGGGAGAGAAACCCUUCAGCUGCUCAGUUUGUGGAAGACAAUUUGGAGAAAAGGGAAAUUUGAGGCAGCACAUGGUCGUCCACACGGGGGAGAAACCUUUCAGCUGCAGCGUUUGUGACCAAAGGUUCAGUUGGCGGAAACAGCUGAAAAAACACAAGUGUGUUGUUGAAGCUGCAGCAGGAAACGAACGUCCUUCUUCCAGUUAGGUUGAAUCCAGAUGUUCGGAUGUCUCCACACAAACUGGCAGACUUCAAACCUGCUGAAGCUGCGACGCUUGAUUCAGAUGAACAACAGCAGGUGACUGAUGGAGACCGAAACUUCAAAAGUCUCUGCUGCUUCAGAAAGAUUCAUCCAGCUGAACUCUGUGACCGAAGAUGUUGAUGAUGUUCACAAAGACAGAAUCGGCGCUGUGAGAACAUUUAGGGCUCAUUUAAUGGAUCCCAUCCUCCAGUCACAUCACACCGAGACUCUGGAAAUGUUCCAUAAACAUCGGCCAUCAAGUUAAACACGAGUCCACAGUGGCUGUGACCCUCAGCAGGAAGGUCCGUUCAUCUUUUAGAUCUGCAGUCAUUAUUUCACUGGAAAAUCUUAGAGCUGCUAUAAGCUCUACAGACCUGCAGGUGUCGCCGUGCUGCUGCGUUUGAGGCUCCAUCACUAGAAGAGGUGUUAACAGCCUGCAGCGUUCACGUCUUUGCACGACUCCAGAUGUUUGGUUGUUAAAGUUACUGAACUUCGGUAAUAAAACACUUCAGUUAUUAA